GUGAUUCAUAUAAACGAAAAAUAUAUAUUUCAACCUGGCUUAGUUUAAGAUGGAGCAGUAUUCAGUAAUUUUCAAUUAUUAUGUGAGCGUUUUAUUUGCCUCGCAGCUGGCCACACUGAGUCCUUUUGAAACAUAUUCUAUCGGCAAUUUAGUAGGCUACUAAGACAGACACUGUUUACAUGCUAACGUCAGUGAGUUAUGGGUAACUAUCGUAACAAUACGUGACAAUUAAUUAAUUCGAGCUAUAGUACAGGUUAUGUAUCCGCGAGUAAUGGCAAUAUUAACACAACUUUAUUGGGUAAUAUUGUACAAUAUUUUCCCCAGCCUUUUUGUUUAUGUUUGUACUAGCUAAGAUGUACAAAAGUCAGCUAACGUUAUGCUUAUAGCUAAUUCAUUGGAUUCUCGAUCUAACGUUAAAUCAAUCGUAAUUAAGCAAACGGAUCUGCUUAUUGUUCCUCUACAAUGGUUGUCGAGGUAGAGAACUUCUUUGGCGUGUACAUGCUGUAUUGCACCAAUGCUAAAUUCAAAGGCCGUAUUUAUAUUGGCUUCACUGUGAACCCCGAGCGCAGGAUCGGACAGCACAACGCUGGACGGCACAGAGGGGGAGCCAAGAGGACGAGUGGAAAAGGACCAUGGGAGAUGGUCCUCAUUAUACAUGGAUUUCCUUCUGAUAUUGCUGCCCUUCGGUUUGAGUGGGCGUGGCAGCACCCUCACUCCUCUAGGCGUCUCUCACAUGUCUCUCGGCGCUCCAGGAAAGAGUCGAGCCUGCAGUUCCACUGGCGCGUUGUCUCCAACAUGCUGCGGGUGGCGCCCUGGAACAGACUGCCGCUGACGGCACGCUGGCUCAAACAGGAGUACAGGAUGGACUUUGAGCCCAGUCUGCAGCCUCCACUUCACAUCCCCAUUGCUUUUGGGAGUGUGAGAGCCAAGAAGAAGCUGCCACUGCGGACUGCAGGAGAGGAAGAGGAGGAGGAGGAGGAGGAGGAGGUGGUGGAGACAUCCAGGUGUUUUCUCUGUAAAGGGCUGCUCAAGGUAUCAGAAAAGCUGAGCUGCUUCCACCCGUCCUGUGGAAUGAACAGUCAUGUGAUCUGCCUCUCUAAACAGUUUCUGAAGUCAGAGCCGUCCCACCUUCUGCCAGUGGAGGGUAAAUGUCCGGCCUGUCGUCGCUCUGUGCUUUGGGGGAGUCUCAUACGCCAUAAACACUGCUGCUUUGGAGAUCUCCAGGAGAUCACACCGUCCUCCUCCCAGGUUAUAGAAACAUAUGUCUGUUUAAUGUUCACUAUAUCGGUACUUUAUACACACAUAGUAAAUUAAAAUGGCUGUUUAGGAAUUUAAACCAAAGGAAAUUACAUCCACAGUUACCUUCCGUACUAAAGACCUCAGCUUAAUAAGCAUAUUACGAAUUUAUGUAUUACACGUGAAUGUAGUUUUUGCUUUACUUAUUUGUCCUUCUGAUCUCCCACAGAGCCACUGGGCAGAUGAACUGCAGAUAUAAGGGAGUGGAGCCUACAGAAAUGAACUUUAAUGAACUGUGGUGCCACAUGACACUGGCAUGGAGAAUCAUGUAGAUUAUGUAUAACCGAUAAGCCUUUUCAAACUGAACAGGAAUGUAGAGUGACUUCAUAAGAGCUGUCCAGCAGAAAUGUGCACAGGUCCAACACUUUCAGGAUCCUGCCACUCUCCAAUGUUCCAUUUGUAUUAUUCUGAUCACAAAGUAUUAUGCUUUUUUAAUGUAUUCAAUAUUUGUGGGAUAAAACAUGUUUGAAUGCAUUGUAUAACAAAUCUUUGUUUUGUGAAGUGAAACAUAAUUUUCUGUCAAAAUAUUACAGCAGUGAUAGUUUAACACUGAUUGAGGUUACAUCAUUACAGUAAGUACACAGGUUUAUCAGCAGGAAGAGCACAGAUGUAAGUUUCGGUUCCAGUUCCAGAGUGUGUAUGUUGUCUUAUUUUCAUGUGUGACAGGAUUACACAAAUUAAUCUAAUAUUUCCAUAAUUCCCGUAAUUAGUGUGUUUUCCUGCUAUGACAGGUCAUCUUUUUAUGCUCUGAAAAAGUCUUGAGCGACCGAAUCAAGUUUUUCAGAUAGUAGCAAUUUUGAUAAUUUAUCAGGUGAUAACAGCAAACAAGAUGGUAACAAGGUAUCAAAUACUGUAUACAUAUGUUUUUGUUUCCUCAUAUCACUUUAAAGAAUAACUGUAGGUAUUUUGCCUGUUGGUCAGAUAAAGAACAAGCACACACUGCCAGGGUACCUUAAUCACUUUAAGGCAGACUAUUCAAUGUACUAUUCUGCCCUGAAAACACUCAAUAUGUAAUCCUAAAAAUAUCAAAUAAACUUCAACUUCAGUA